GCCCUGCACACCUUGAUCAUGAUGCGACGACGCGUGCCUGUCGGCAGCGUGCUGCUGGUAGUAUGCGUGGCGGUGGGUGGUGGCGGCGAUAGCGGCAGCGGUGACGGGCAUCGUACCGUAGUCACGGGGUUCUCGGCCCCUCCUCAACCUUCAACCGCGGCGUGGGGACGACAACAGUCAAGGACACGUGCAACCAGCGCCACAGGCACCGCAACAAUGCAGUGUGGACUGGCAGCAGCUUCCACCCGGCGGCAUCGGCGGAGACACCGCUGUGGUUCUUUUGCUGCUGGCGGGCUCGGUUGCGGCGAUGGCGAAGCGCAAGCGAAAACAAGCUCAGCAGCAGAGGUUUCUGCUGCGGUGGUACCUGGCGUUCUCCGACGAAUGUCACCAUCUCGACGUUCAACAGCAGCAGCAGCGGUGGCACCACUUGGUGCCCGCCCGCCCACUACGGAGGAGAUGGACGCGGAGUGGGAGGGGAUCCUCUCUGGCGAUGACGAGCAAGAGGAUGUGGAUGAAGGCGACGAAGACGAUGAUGCGACCGCGAUGCUCAGCGACGAAGAGCUGCUUGCGACGGACGCCAGCGUGGGCGGCCUGUUGGGCGACGAGGGGGAGGAGGAGCAGGACGAGCAGGAGGAAGAGGGUGUUGGGCGGGGCCGAGGGCGGAAGCCGCGCGUCUGGUACGACAGCUACAAGGCGCGCAUGAAGGCAGAGAAAGCGAAGGAGGCCGCCUGGCAGGAGAAGCGGAAGACUUUCUCGAAGGCGCACAACGACUACCUGGACGAGGCUCAGCGCAACAGGGAGAUCGCGGCCGCAAGGCGGGAGAAGUACACGAAGAAGUUCUACCGCGACAAGAAGAUCUACGACAUCGUUAAGGAGAGGGGCAGGAAGGCGGUCAGGGAGGCGACCUGGGCCACUAGGUGGCCGCGACAGGUCACUCGGAAGCUGGAGGACCUUCAAGAGGGCGAAUGGAUCACGGGCAAGGUCCGCAACGUCGAGAGCUACGGGGCGUGGGUGGACGUGAACGCCGAGCGGGACGGCCUUCUGCACGUGAAGGACAUGGGAGAGACUUUCACGCCCUCCGCAGGGGAGGUGGUGGCCACGAAGGACAUCAUCCAAGUCAGGGUGAAGUUCGUCGACCCUGUCACCGGCAAGCUUGGCCUUUCUCUGGUGGAGGACGGGCCACGAGAAGGGGACUUGCCGCUGCCCCCUCCCCGCCCGCCGAUAUCGGUGGCCGACGUGUCGCGCGGCGCGGAGCUGUGGGGCUACGUAGAACGCGUGACAAACAUGGGCGCGUACGUGAAUGUUGGGGCGGAGGUGCCCGGUUUCCUGCUCCUGAAGGAGAUACCCGGCAGGCCUAAGGGGCUGAGCGCGCCGCAGGUGCUCCGCAGGAACAAGCGUCUCCGCGUGUACGCCCGGGAGGUAGACCGCGAGGGGCUCCGCAUAAAGCUCACCUGCAAGCGGCCUCGGAGCCUGCCCCGCUGCGGCCCGGCCGCCGCCGCCCUGGCCAGCGACGCCGACGCGGAGGAGUUUGACUACGACGAUACCGCGCGGGUCCGCUACUCCGAGGACGACGGCUGGGACAGGGACAACGAAUACGACGACGAGAUGGAGGUGGAAGACGGAAUGAACGAGUUUGGUGAUGACAAUGACGAGUUCGAUGACGACGAGGGAGAAGAGUGGUUCUACCCCGAGCGGGGGCAGGUUAUUCCAGCGCCCGCAGUUGACCUUGCCCCGCGGCAUUAGGGGCAGGCCGCAGGCGGCGGAUGGGGACGUGUCGACGAUCAUUGGCAGGAGAGGUGUGGUUGGCAACGACUGCGGCGGCGGUGGCUUUGGGAUGUGGUUUAUUGGGAGUUUUGGAGUCGGUACGGGAGAGAUAUGUGUGGAGCAUGUAGGACGUUUCAUGCCGUGUUGGCCUUUUCCUCCCGUAAGCGGUUGUUCGUUCUUGGAGAGAGCGCCGCCAGAGAACUAGGGGUGUGUCACCUACAUUUGUGUUGACUGCAGCUAGAGCUUCUUGCCCUUUGAAAGGGCAGCUUGGAGAGACGCUCUUUGACGAUGUUUGGUUGCCUGUUGAUCCGGAGACACGUGCUGUUUUGUUGGGCGUUGUUCGUGCGCGGUAUCUAAUUUGGAUCUUGUUUCGUGAGCCGACCGGCUGUUUGGGAUCCUGGGUGUAACAGGAACAAGAAAUACUCAAGAGGAUCGGGCUUCCCAUCAAUGUCGCCACUUUUUGCCACAUUCGGUGCCGCGUCCGGCGCAAGCACACUCGAACCAAGCAGAAACAAUAAAGUAGCACAGCAUCGGACCGUAGUUGACUACACGAAAGCUUUCUUGGCGAGUACUAUGUUCUCGCCAUCCGGUUUGGACAGGGUGAAUUUUUGUUUGCCGGAAGUCAUCUGCAACAGCGUGAUUGUGAGCGGCACACGCUGCGAAGUCGACACAGGAUGAUCGGGGGAGUUUCGCAUGUGGCGAGAAGCGUUCGUUUGGUCAGUCGGCCGUAGGAUCAAAAACAAUUCCUACUGGAGAGCCGGGCUGCCAUAUCUUUCGACAGUGUAUGUGGUCUUGGAGCCCGCGGGUCCGAUUCAGGAAUUUUCGGAGAAUAAGUGCACCACGUCCUGCGUUCCUGCCGUGAAUUCGCGGGAGGAGAAAAGCCGCCGGGAGUCACACGUAAGUCACACUUUGGGUAUGGCGAUUUUUGGUUGGUUGACUUUCUUUUGGCACAUUCCAGAC